AUGGCUUGUUGUGGUAUUCAGACACCACGGUGGGACCGUAGCCGUGCUGGGGGCAUCGUAGUUCUGGCCCCAGGACAGGGCUACACCAGCCAAGUGAUGAGGAUUCGCAGGUGGGUUCCGAGAUCCCGUGAUCCGUCAACAAAGCGGAUGGAAUGUCUUGGGGCGAGGGAGCGCUCCCGGCAGCGUUCCGGGCCGAGCCGCAGCGUUACCCCCGCAGCCAGCGUUAAGAGAGAAGUGGACUUCGACUGUCCCGAGGAGUUCGGCUACUAUCCCCAUCCCACCGACUGUACCUUGUAUUACGUUUGUGUUUUCGGCGGAGCACUGCUGGAGUCGUGCACGGGUGGUCUUAUGUACAGCCACGAGCUCCAAACGUGUGAUUGGCCGCGAAACGUUGGCUGCGACGCCACCGGUACAGUGUCGGGGGGAGAACUCGAACGGAUAAGCCAAAGAGAACCUGCGCCGCCACCGCCACCACCACGACGUACUCCUCCACCACCACCUCCAAGGGCGCAACCAAAUCCGAUUAUCACAUCUAGGGGACAGCCGAAAUUUAAUAGGCAAGAGUAUGAAAAGCAACAGUUGUACGCCGAAGUAGAUGAUUUGCCACCCGUUGAGGAGUUAGAGAGCGAUAGGCAGCAGCGAGUUUACCGGGGACAGCCGUCGACAAUUGGACAAGUUCAAAAGGAUAGAGAUGGUUAUGGAACCCAAGCUAUAAGUUCGGGAAGAACUCUUAAUUCUAAUAUAAUACCUGCAUCAAUACCACAAAAUAGUGGAAAAUUUGCAUCUUUUUCUUUCGGUACACAAGUGGAUGACAGGCGAACUGCUACAAUUACUCAAGCUCCACAAAGUUACAGCUUGGAACCCACAGAAAGUGUUACUCCUUCCUCUUUCUCACCAAGUCCCCGUCCAAAAAUGCUUUAUAAUGGAUCUCAAAGCUACAGUCCUGACCAAUUUGAUCCAUUUUAUGCCGUUUAUGAUGAAGAUGGAGAACUUUACAAAGAUACAGAUUACGUGCAACAAUACAAUACUGCUUCUCUCCGACCUACAAUUCAACAAACAUAUCGUGGGACCCCUCCUCCAACACGCAGACCUGUGGAAUCUUAUACCCCCAGACCUGCACCAUCUGACGACUACGAUGAUGUUCUUAUUCAAGGACAGAUAAACAAUCAGAACCAGUAUCAGCCACCUAGUCGUCAUUCCACAAGGGGCGAAGGUAAUGAAUUGGGCUAUGAGCAUAACCCGAACAGCGUGCGGACUACUGUUUACGAAGCUACUUCUAUUAGCACUACUCCUUCUACGACUAGCACAACCACAACCACCACGACUACCACCACACAACGCUCUACUACUGCACUCUUCACAGAAGCUAUGACCCCGUCUCGAUUUAAUUCAAGGCCAAGCAGUACGCGCGGGCGUGGAUCUGCACAUUAUUCUACUUCAAACGGAUCUGAGGCACCACAACAACAAACAAACAGAGGAACGCCACCAACCCGCAGUCGACCAACCCUCAAGCCUUCAACAGCUAUCGUUUCUGAAGCAAAGUUUGUGGAUAUUUAUGCUCAUCCACCGACAAGGCCAGCUCCGGUGUAUCCUCAACCGACUCCGGACAAAACUGCAGCAAAAUGCCGAAAAGAUGUGUGUUUGUUACCGGACUGCUAUUGUGGUGGAAAGGAUAUACCUGGAAAUUUGCCCGUUCACGAAGUGCCGCAAAUGGUACUUAUUACUUUCGACGAUGCCGUCAAUGAUUUGAAUAAGAUGUACUACGAAGAACUUUUUGAAAAUGGACGUGUUAAUCCGAAUGGCUGUGACUUACCCUUGGAGAGCGUACCACAAAUUGUUCUUCUGACGUUUGAUGAUUCCGUUAACGACUUGAACAAAGUUCUAUACUCGGAUCUAUUCGAAAAAGGCCGCGUGAAUCCAAACGGUUGCCCAAUUAGUGCCACAUUUUAUGUGUCACACGAAUGGACCGAUUAUAGUCAAGUACAGAACUUAUACGCCUCUGGACAUGAGAUGGCUUCACAUACGAUUUCACACAGCUUCGGAGAGCAGUUUUCUCAGAAGAAGUGGAAUAGAGAAGUUGGUGGUCAAAGAGAAAUACUGGCAGCGUAUGGUGGUGUAAAACUAGAAGACGUUCGAGGCAUGAGAGCACCUUUCCUUUCAGUUGGUGGAAAUAAAAUGUUCAAGAUGUUGUAUGACUCUAACUUCACCUAUGAUUCUUCACUGCCUGUUUAUGAGAAUAAACCACCAAGCUGGCCAUACACUCUUGAUUAUAAACUAUUCCAUGAUUGCAUGAUUCCGCCAUGCCCAACAAAAUCUUAUCCAGGUGUUUGGGAAGUUCCUAUGGUAAUGUGGCAAGACUUAAAUGGUGGCCGAUGCUCAAUGGGUGAUGCCUGUGCCAAUCCUCCAGAGGCUGAGGGCGUGUACAAGAUGCUUUUAAAGAAUUUCGACAGACAUUACACAAGUAACCGGGCUCCAUUUGGUCUAUUUUAUCACGCAGCAUGGUUCACUCAGCCACAUCACAAAGAAGGUUUUAUCAUGUUUUUGGAUUACAUUAAUAAAAUGAAAGACGUAUGGCUCGUAACUAAUUGGCAAGCUCUGCAGUGGGUGCGAGAUCCAACUCCAAUAUCAAGACUUAAUAAUUUCCAACCCUUCCAAUGCAACUACCAGGAUCGUCCGAAAAAAUGUAACAACCCUAAAAUUUGUAACCUCUGGCACAAAUCAGGAGUUAGAUAUAUGAGAACGUGUCAGCCGUGUCCCGAAAUUUAUCCAUGGACAGGAAAAACAGGCAUCAAAUCAUCACGCAUCGAUAAUGAAAUCGGAGAA